AAAAGAAAUUUUUUUGGUAUAAAAGUUAAGAAAAAUUAGAAAUUUUAAUUAUUAAUUAAUAGAAAUUCAAAAUGAAAGUAACCAUAGUUCUAUUAGCAGCAGUGUUCUGUUUUGCUGCAGUAAAUGCUGCCAGUUUUGAAAAAGCUGAAGCUGAACCUAUUGACUUGCUGGUCGAUGAAGCUUUUGCCGAUGAAAUUGUUGAUUUUGAAGCCCGUAGUGUUUUCAGCGGUUUCUAUUGGGUUUUAAAGGCUGCAUUGCGCUCACUCAAAGGUGUCAAUUGUACCAUUAAACAGGCCAUAAUUAUUAAGGGUGCUACCCUUAGAUUCCUGGGUGAUAUUAAUAUGUGUGGUGCUGAUGCUGUUAGCGCUUUCUCAGAUGUUAUUACUGCUGCUCAAUCGGUCAUCACCACCUGCAACAACAUUAUCCAUCUUAAUGAAAAUGUCUGCAAUAAUGAUGUAUCCACCAAUGGAAAGCCCUCAACACCCUUCUCCUGUUUCGUUAAAUUGUUGAGACAAUUGCUUAGAUUGAGAAAUCAAAUUAAAAAUACUUUGAGUGCUAUUAAGAAGGUGCCUGCCGUUCCCGGCGAAGCUGCUGGUUGUUCUAAAAACGCUGUUAGUGAUUUGACUGAUGCUUUCUUGUCAUUCCCAGCUAAUGUGAAAACUUGUUCCAAGUUGACACAUUAACUUUAAGAACUAAAUGGAAAUUUUUGUUUUCUUAUUCGAAAUGAAAAUAAAAAUAAAUUUAAUUGC